AUGUUCGACACGGUCUGUACACUUCCGCUCUCCUCGGACCUUUUCACUCAGGCCAUCCACCCCGAUCAGCCUGUAGUGUCCGUGGGUCUAGCCUCCGGCCAUGUCCAGACCUUCCGAUUACCCACCGAAGACGCCAGCAGCGAGGAUGAUGAUGCGUCCAACUCCUCCAUUCGCGGUGGCAAGGGCCAUAUCGACACUAUGUGGCGGACAAGACGGCACAAAGGUAGCUGUCGGUCCUUAGGAUUUGGCUGCGACGGAGAGAUGCUCUAUUCGGCUGGUACCGAUGGACUUGUUAAGGCUGCGAAGUCUGAGACCGGACAGGUGGAAAAUAAGAUUGUCAUUCCACUGGAAAAGAAUGGCUCUAUCGAUGCCCCUACUAUUAUCCAUGCUCUUUCUCCCCAGACUCUUUUGCUCGCGACCGACUCCAGUGCUCUCCACCUUUACGACCUGCGAAUUCCCUACUCAAAGGUCUCCGCGCGACCAGAACAGUCGCACCACCCGCACGACGACUACGUUUCUUCCUUGACUCCUCUGCCUGCCUCCGAUACCAGUACCUCCGGAUUUAGCAAGCAAUGGGUUACAACUGGUGGAACUACUCUGGCCGUGACUGAUCUACGGAGGGGCGUGCUUGUGCGCAGUGAAGACCAGGAGGAGGAAUUGAUCAGUUCCGCAUACAUUGGCGGGUUGCCCAGCAGCGGAACCAGUCGCGGAGAGAAGGUACUCGUGGGUGGCUCGAAUGGUGUUAUCACACUAUGGGAGAAGGGCGUAUGGGAUGAUCAAGAUGAGCGGAUCUAUGUCGAGCGAAGCACUGAUGGUGGCGAGUCAAUUGAUGCCAUGGCUGUUGCUCCUGAUGACUUGGGCUAUGGCAAGCUCGUGGCGGCUGGUCUAGCGAAUGGCACGGUGAAAUUUGUGCGCAUUGGAUCGAAUAAGGUUGUGUCGGAAGUUCAGCAUGAUGAGACCGAGGGUGUUGUGGGGCUAGGAUGGGAUGUUGAGGGACGCAUGGUUUCCGGCGGAGGGCAGAUUGUCAAGGUUUGGCACGAAGCUGCCGCAACCGGUACCGGCGAGGAUAUGGAAGGAAAGCACAUGCUUGAGGAUAGCGACGACAGUGAUGACUCUGAUGAUAGCGACCGCGGAAAGAAGAGGCCCAAUGCACGGGAGCGUAAGAAGGCUAGGAAGGCCAAUCGCAAGGAGAGCGGUGCCCACGUCAUGGCCUUUCAUGAUCUGGACUGA